UUCUUCAGGGUUGAGGCCUCCCUUCGGUGCUUAAGGCAGAGCUCCCCCCACCGAUGGCCCCGGCCAGCGUUAAACAUCGAAACUGUCUCAAACGCGGCCAGUAAGAGCUGGAAGCCGGUUACCCCAAAGCCUCGGCCGCGGCCCCACCCGGUCUCAAGACGAGGCUCCGGGCCGGGCUAGCUAGCCGUCCCGGGUCCUGGCCGGCCCAGCCCUCACGCACGGCCUGCUGGGAGUUGUAGUUCGGUAGUCGAGGAGCCGAGCCCAGCCCCAUCCCUCUCUUCCGCUUCCUCCUCGCCCCGGGUGAUGCCAUGGAGAGUGGAAAGCCUGGUCCAGUGCAGGUUGUUUUGGUUCACAAAGAGCAACAUUCCUUUGAGCUAGAAGAGAAAGCCUUGGCCAGCAUCCUCUUGCAGGACCACAUCCGAGACCUCGAUGUGGUGGUGGUGUCAGUGGCUGGUGCCUUCCGAAAGGGCAAGUCUUUCUUUCUGGACUUCAUGCUACGAUACUUAUAUUUCCAGAAGGAAGGUGGCCGUUCAAAUUGGCUGGGUGAGCCUGAAGAACCGUUAACAGGAUUUUCAUGGAGAGGAGGCUCUGACCCGGAAACCACUGGGAUUCAGAUCUGGAGUGAAGUUUUCACUGUGGAGAAGCCAGGUGGGAAGAAGGUUGCAGUUGUUCUGAUGGAUACCCAGGGGGCAUUUGACAGCCAGUCCACCGUGAAAGACUGUGCUACCAUCUUUGCUCUCAGCACCAUGACUAGUUCUGUUCAGAUUUAUAAUUUGUCCCAGAACAUUCAGGAAGAUGAUCUUCAACAGCUACAGCUCUUCACAGAAUAUGGUCGUCUGGCGAUGGAUGAAAUUUUCCAAAAACCCUUCCAGACACUAAUGUUUUUGGUUCGAGACUGGAGUUUCCCUUAUGAAUACAACUAUGGACUACAGGGAGGAAUGUCGUUUUUGGAUAAGCGUCUACAAGUGAAAGAACAUCAACAUGAAGAAAUUCAGAACGUCCGAAAUCACAUUCACUCAUGUUUCUCCAGUGUCACCUGUUUUCUCCUACCACAUCCAGGACUCGAGGUGGCCACAAGCCCUGACUUUGAUGGCAAGUUGAAAGAUAUCGCCAGUGAGUUCAAAGAGCAGUUGCAGACACUGAUACCAUUUGUGUUAAACCCUGCUAACUUAAUGGAAAAGGAGAUCAAUGGCUCAAAAGUCACCUGUCGGGGGCUGUUGGAGUAUUUUAAGGCAUAUAUUAAAAUUUACCAAGGGGAAGAUCUGCCUCACCCCAAAUCCAUGCUCCAGGCCACUGCCGAAGCCAACAAUUUAGCAGCUGCAGCCUCUGCCAAGGACAUUUAUUAUAACAACAUGGAAGAGGUUUGUGGCGGAGAUAAACCUUAUUUGUCUCCAGACAUCCUAGAGGAGAAGCACUCUGAAUUCAGACAACUUGCUCUAGACCAUUUUAAGAAGACCAAGAAGAUGGGUGGGAAGGAUUUUAGCCUUCGUUACCAGCAGGAGCUGGAGGAGGAGAUCAAGGAACUCUAUGAGAACUUCUGCAAGCACAACGGCAGCAAGAAUGUCUUCAGCACCUUCCGGACCCCUGCAGUGCUCUUCACGGGCAUCGUGGCUUUGUACAUAGCCUCGGGUCUCACCGGCUUUGUUGGUCUUGAGGUUGUGGCCCAGCUGUUCAACUGUAUGGUUGGACUGCUCUUAAUAGCGCUUCUCACCUGGGGGUACAUCAGGUAUUCUGGUCAGUACCGUGAGCUGGGCGGAGCUAUUGAUUCUGGUGCAGCGUAUGUAUUGGAGCAGGCUACAUCUCAUAUUGGCAAUUCCACUCAGGCUGCUGUGAGGGAUGCAGUUGUUGGGAGACCACCUGUGGAUAAAAAAACUCAAUAGCAUCUUAACAAGAGAAUCCGACAAGAACCUGAGCAGUCCCCACUGAUUUCUGGGUUUCUGCCACGGCCACAGGUUCGAGUCCGGAGGAUUGCAGAUCUGGGGCCAUCCGGGAAGAGCUGAAACACGGCACUAAUAAACAAACAGACCUGUCCUGUGGCUUCAAAUUCUUAAACACACUUCCAUUUCUGUUGGGACCAUUUCUUUUCUUUGCUGAUGUAGGUCCAAGCCUGUGUCUAUUUUUCUUACUGCUCUGCUUUGUGCACUUUAUGGGGGAAAAAGCUAAAGGAAAAAACGGAAAUGUGGUUUUAAGUCCUUUAUGUGCCACUUAGUGCCUUUUUAAGAUUGAAUCCAUGCUUUUGAAGACAUGGUAGGGAGGGGAUUGAGGAUAACCUCAUGAAAGAUGCAGUUUUGGGGUGAAACUUGUGAGUUCUUUUAUACCUUACUCUUUUGGGAAGGAUUCUGUUUUUAAAAGUUUACAAAACUUGCAAAAGCUUCAGAACUAAAGACUGACUGAAAAUGAUGCCAUUACACUUUAAAAAUCUUAUAAGAGUAGAGAAUCCUGUUUGCCACGUAGUCUGGAAGAAUCAUACCAUAUUUAAAUCUACCGUACGCUGAAAUUUAAAGUCUUACCUGACAGACUGGCAGUUUUAUUGGAGCAUACUCUUUUUUUGCCUUCAUUCCUCCAGCUUCUUUCUAGAAAAGAGGCAAGCAUGCCUUGAAAAGCCAGAGUAGGUCAUAAUAAAAGGAAUGACUUGAUACUUUAAGAAAAAAGCUUGAAUCUAAAUGAACCAUGUGACCUCUGAUAAGUCACUUGAACUUGUGCCUUGGUCAGAUUCACUGUUUGUUGGUUUAUGUACGUGUCUGUCUUCAACAGGACUCACACUAACACACAGCUGUCGUUUGAGAAGUUUUGUUUUUGAGAGUUCUGCAUGAGAACAGAACUUUAUUAAGGAUUCGAGGAAAGACAUUACCAAACAUUACUGCCUUUACUUGAUGUCCUGUUUCAUGUGGCUUAGCAGUAAAUCAGGUCUUUAUCCAAAACGUUUAUUUGCAUUCUCCUAUGCACUAGCUGGUAUUUUUAUUAAUAAAGCUAAAACUGUCAAUUUUAUUUAGCGAAUCUUUCUUUUAACUUUGCUUUAGUCUGGUAGCUUUAAAAUAGCUUUGGCUUAGUAAGGCCCAAAGUCCCACCCAAACAUGGACAAAGCCUUAGAAGUAGCUAAGAAUUCUUUUUUAUUUACCUUGCUUGUGUGAUAAAAAAUUUUUAUCUAUUAGUUGCCUUUUCCUUUGAUUUAUAAUGGUGAAUUAUUGUGGAUUUUAAAACUUCAUAAAACUUGCCUGCAAAUAUGUAUAUAAACAUUCAGGUAUGUGAGCCUUAAUUCUUAAGAUAAUUUAAUUUUUGUUGUGGGAGGGAGGUGGGAAAGCUUCGGCAAAAUCAGUGUAAAUUCUACAUACGUGAAGUAUGAAUGGAAGGUGGAAGAAAGUAAGUCUGCUAGUAUGUAAUCUCUUUAUCAAAGAAUUUUCUUUUGACCACUUUAACACUUUACCACGCGAGUAUUUUUAUAAGUCCUGAAUUAAUUCCAAGCAUUUUAUAUAUUUUUUGUAUUUACAUACCAUCUUGCCCUGAAGUUCUUGCUUUUCUAUUUAGUCGCUGUUAAAUUUUAGAAAAAUUUCAUCUUGUUCUAAAAACUGUUGACUUACGUAUCGGUGAUGCUCAGCUUUGACUGUUAGAUUGAAAGCUUUGUUUUGAAAUUUUGGUACAUUUUUAGGUGGCCUCUCAUUCUUCCUGAAGGUUCGUACUUAUUAGCUAAAGGCCUUACAGGUGUUGAGAUUCUUAGCUUUUAAUGCAUUCUAAAGCACAUUUAUAGAUUUCAGAAUAAUUGUCUAAAGUGACCCUACUUUUAAUGAUGAGGAAAGGAUGAUGUGUCUAAAACUUAUUUUAAUGCAAAAGUAUUAGAUUUUUUAAAAUUUAAAAAUGUGAUAAUGUAUAAUUUAGUGAAAUCUUAGGGUUUAGUUACUGUUUAAAUUCACCAUUUCUGUUUUGAUCUUAAAGGAAUAACUUGGUUUAAUUACCCCAGGGAAGCCUUAUUUUUUUGUCUUUAUUGGUUAACAACUUCUGCCUCUGGAAAGUGUGUGUAAAGUUUUCUCAGUGAGGAUUCUUAUGGGUUUUCUUUGGCUCUUUUCUGCUUUUACAGUAAAUUGGUGGUUUUAUAUCAGCUUUUUCAAUAGAAAAUGCAUUCCCAUUGCUGGCUGUAAGUAGUCCUGGGGAGAUUUAUAACUGGGUUGAAAGAAUGUCUUUUACCUCUUAACUUCACUCAGCCUUUAAUCUGUGGGUCAAGGACAUGACUGAGGAGCCCAGACUGCAAGUGUUUGCUGGUGUUUGUGGCUCUGCCACUCCUGGGUGGGCUUUCCACGCAAGCGUUCUUAAUUUGCACAUUCCCAACCAUAUAUGGGGCAUGAUCCUAGUAACAUAUAAAAGGAAGUUUUUAAAACUUUCUAUGAAAAGAAUUCAUUUCAGGAGAAAUUAAAUGUUAAGUUUUUUAGUACUUCUAGUUAAGAAUUUCCAGUUCUUAUGGUAAAAAUAGUAGAAUAAAAAUUCAGAGUUUUUCACUGAGAAAUCUUUCUAGAUUGGUUCGUAGACAGAAUGAGGGCAAACUGUCAGGUGUGAUGAUGGAGCGCCUUCAGUCUGUACCCCGUCCAGCAGUGUACCGAGAAACCUGUUGGUUCACGGAGGGUCGUCUGUUAACACCUACUUUGUACUGCGUAACGUUGCCUGUGAAGAUUGUUUUUCCUUUACCCGUUCUUUCUCUUUUACUCACGUGAAGUAAAAUGCUUUAGACAAACAGACAAAUAAACGGACAAAGAAACUGCCUUGUCCUGGCAAUAUGCUUCUUUGGCAGGUCGUACCCAGCAUUCCCCCCUGCCCUUUAACAAUGGUGUCUGGAUAGGGCAAGUUUGGAUGAGUGUGUCUGGAUGGGUGAGUUACAGAGAAGUUAAGCAGGCUGAUUUAACUCCAGGCAAAAGCGAUAGAGAACAAAUAGUUUUAUUUUUUCCCCAGAACUUUUUGGAAUGUAACUUAUUUGGAAGUCUUCAUAGAACUUUUUUGCCCCCAUAGAAUUAUUGAAAUGUAAUUGAGGAUGAUUAGGAUGGCUGUCAUCUAAGGUAGCCAACAUGGGCUACAUCAUUCCUCUUACAUUUAUAUCCAACCAAAUUUUAGUCAAGGAAUAAAGGCAUAAUGAAGACCAGCUAACAACAACAAAAAAGUACAGACUAUUUGUUAAAGUGAUUUUUGUAAAUGGCAUUAAGAAGCCCCUUGUAAAAGACUGUCUGCAAUUAAAUGGUUUUCCUUACAUUAAGUCAUAUUGGAGCUGUGUUUUGGGUCGUGGUUCUCAUCUGCCUUGGAGUAUGUAAGACUCACCUGGGAGGCUUCUUUAAAAAAAUUCAAACUCCUGCCUUUAUACCCAGGGAUUGCCCCAGUUGGUCUGGGCUGUGGCCCUGAACUCACCAUUUUUAUAAACAGCAUCGCAGGUGGUUCAGAGACCACAGGGAGAGAGGCUGCUCCAUGGAUGGGAAAGUGCAAUUCAGUAUUGUCUGGAGGCAAGUGGACAGUUUUACCAGAGGCUCAGAGUAGGGAGUCCACUGGCAGAUACAGUCACAGAGUUCACAGUGUUCAGAGUAAUAAGGAUGUCUUUAAUGUACAGGGUUAUCUAAGCUCCUUAAAGCCAUUUUUGUAAAUUAGGAUGUCGUAGUGCCUUCUCUGAAAAAUGAAUGUACAAGUAUCCUAUUUACUCACAGAUGUAAUUAUGAUUAAAAAAAAAGUAUUUUGAAAGUUUUCUUUUAAAAAGCAAAAUUCAGCGCUGUGACUUGAACCCCUAAGUCUUUGAUGCCCCGAAAACCUUAAGCCAUAAUAAAGAUAGUGAACAGAAAGGAAGGAGAGGAUCAUAACUUUGAAAACUGGAGAUAAAAGUACCCAGAUGAGGAACCUUUCAAAAUAGAUCUAGGGGCAGAAAGAUUUUAAAAGAAAUAUUUCUUCCGUGGGACAGAAUUUCAUGUGGCAGAACUAAAAUAUACGUGUAGUGUCCUUGUGACCAAGGGAAGGUUGCGUUUGGUUCCCAGACUUUCCAAGUUAGAUGGUAAAUCCUGUUGUGGACUUAAACCUCAAAAGGAGUUAAUAUUCAUCUUGAAUAUAUACACGUUUUCCUCUCAGAUUUCUUUUUCUUUAAAAAAAUUGUUAAAAGUACUUUCUCCUAGACCAUUUUUGAAUGGCUUUAAAAUUUAAUAUACUUUUUAAAAAGUGCAAUGGGAUGAGAUGAUGCUAUUAGUAUAUUAAAAGAUGCACGUUUCUGUUUUUUAGUUGUAAGGUCAUGUAAUGGAAUAAAGAUCACAGCACCAUGUUA